AUGACUCGCCAAGGUUACCUCAUUGUGCACGACAAGCACAGCCAACCUGUUGUGCGAUAUUUGUCACUUGAGGAUGGUUUCUUGCGCCAGUACGCAUCGGCCGAUUGCACGAAAUGCUUGGGCGAAGUGCGGCUCUCAGGUUGCAAGAUCACUGUGAAAGCUCAGAAGCGCGCCGAUGGCGUUCCAAAUAGUUUUUACCUUGAAACCCGCACAGUUUUUGUCAAAGAUAGGUCCUACACGCUAGGCAGUGCAGAGCGCACCGAGUUCAGCGCCUGCAGCGGUGAUGAUCGACAGAAGUGGGGAAAAGCGCUGUUUUCAUGGCAACGCUACUACUGGCGUGAUCCUGUGGCCACCUCACCCGAAAACAACGCAGUCGCCAGCGAAGCACGAGUGCAGCUUGAGCAGCUCAUUGCUAAGCAUUUUGUACAAAAAACUCCGAGUACACACUCAAUCUCGUUUGCGGCCGCAAAGCAACCCAUCUCAUUUUUACGACGCAACGCACACACACUACGCCGCUCACUGUCGCUCACAAUGACGUCUUCUGCCGCCAGCUCAGCCAAACCCGAGAGCGAUACCGAGCCGACUGACUGUGCGAAGGAUAAGGUGGCGCUUGACAAUGUGGAGUGUCCUGAGACGACAAAAAAUAACAAUGUCAGUGAUGAUAAAGCUUUCUUCUUGCACACCCUGCCCUUUCGUGGGAAUAACCAAAACUCACAUUAG